ACCGAUUACGACAUUGGACGAGCUUCGGCAAAAAAUCACUCAGGCUGCGGCACAUAUCAAUGCUAGAAGAUAUGCGCGAAAAAUAAAACGGUCGUUUUUAAGGCGAUGUCGUGCCUGUAUUAAUGCCGGUGGAAAACAAUUCGAACAUUUACUUUAAUGUUGUGUAAUUAAAAUAACAAACACAUUUUUGGAACAUAGUAAAAUUUAUUACUAACAACAAGAACAAUUAAGAAAUUUGGUUCUUGUUUACAAAUGGUACGCAUAUUUUUUUUUGUGACUAGUUAUCCUAGGGUAUUAUACUAUUUUGAAAUCUUGAUUAGUUGCGUCAACUUUGAAAAUAACUUGCCAUAGCGGUGUUCAUACUUUUUUUUGCAAGACCAUGAGUCAAAGUAGACUGAAAGUAAAAAUCUUUAAAAAUUUGAGGGAAAAAAAAUAUUUUGAUUUUUUUUUGUGUAAAAACUGCGGGCAUUGUGGUGUUUUUAAGAGUUCUGGUGAAUAGUAGUACUACUUAGGUUCCGAUACAAAAAAAAUCUUAAGCAUAUUUAAGAAAUUGUAGCUGCGGUAGUUCAAAAUAUCAUACAAGGUGUAAAUUUUCAAAGAAUUUUAAAAUUUAUUUUGUAACUAAAAAAAAAAUUUAGGUAUAUUUUUUUUAUUAUUUUUCCUUAAGUGCUCAUGAGCAGGUCAAAGUCUUUUGGCGCCCGCUUAUCGUUGAAUUUUGGGACACGUUGUAUAUAGUAUUGAUAUGUACUGUUAUAAUUUAUAUAUUUAUUUCAAUUUAUUUAUUAGUGUUAUUUUUAAUGUAUUUAAUAUUAUUUACUUUUAUUAUUUAUGUAUUAAGUAUAAUAUGUUUCCUCACUUUUUUUCUGUUGUACCUAUCCAUUUCUUUUGUUUAAAAUCUCUCCCACUGCCAAGGGUCACUGGCAGAGAUCUCUUAUAGAGAUAAGUGUUUCCUUGUAUACUGUUGUUCUUUUUACUUUUGUGUGUUACUAAUAUUGGUACAAAAUAAAUUAAAAAAAAAAAAAAAAAAAAGUUAGCCCGCUUCCAUCUUAGACUGCAUCAUCACUUACCAUCAGGUGAGAUUGCAGUCAAGGGCUAACUUGUAAAGAAUAAAAAAAAAAACCUGCAAGUAAUAUAGUGAAGUGAAAACACGUGACGUAGUAACAAUUUAGUAUAUUCAUAUACAGACACGCAUGUCGCUGUCGAAUGUCGAUCCAUACAGUCGAUCAGUAAACCUGCUAACGCGAACACUUCUUUUAUUUAAUUGCCAUCUAACCACAUACCGGCAAAAUGUAAAGGCAUAUACCAGGAAUAUACAUCCUCCGGAAUCGGAGGCAGAGGUCAUAUCCUCUGGGCAACCUGAACAUAGAACCCAUUUUUAAAGCGCCAUAAAGACUUCGGCUUGUUAAACGCCAAGCAGGCGAAUUUGCUCGCGACGAGCCAAUACCUACUGCAGAAGAAACAAAAUCAUCAAUUAUUGUGUUUUUUGAGAGAUAUUGAGACGCAAAGCCGCUUUAACCUGCUCUACAACAGGUUAUUUGCUCCAGCAGAAGAAACUAUCGUCUAACUGUGAGAUACAAUACAAACGUUUAUCACGACAAUGUCUUCAAAUCAAUCCAAAUAUGCUGACCAAUCUUGGUCAGCAUAGUCCAAUUUACCGUAUGCAAUCUUUUGCAAACAGUGUCCGAGACCGUAUAGAUAUCUUCAGUGACUCAAUUAGCAAUAUUAAGACUAGGUUACCUUAAAUGUUAUUGAUGGAUUACUUCUUCACAUUUAUUUUUUGUUUGUUUGUCUUUUUGUUUAGAGUAAUUUAAUAAUUUGCGUUAUGUACCCUAUGUAAGCAUGUUAUGUUUACUUCAAGUACCCACAAUUACGUGAGGAUGAGAAGCUAUUUUUAAUAUAUGUUAGGUUAAGUAAUUGUGCCAGUUUAGCAAACCAAAAAAAAAAUCCAAUAAUGGCGUCAAUAAUAAUUCUUAGAAUUUAUACUACACGGAAAAAUUGAAAGGUUUGACAAAAAGCAUUUGGUUUGAUUCCGUCGUAUUUUUAGACCGGUUUUCAAAAAUAGUAAUACCCUGGGCCACCCAAAUAGAAGGACCGAAUCUAGUUAUUGGUGAUAAUCUAUCUAGCCACCUAAACUCCGACCUGGAGGAAUACGAAGCUCAUGUUUUCUGUUCCUGCCUUCUAGGUCCCAACCAACACAGUUAACCCAACCGCUUGACGUGGCUUUUUUGCGCCAUUAAAAAAAGACAUGGAGAAAUUCUACAAUACAAAGUCGAAAUCCCUAAGCAGGCAUCAUUAAACAAAAACCAUUUUCCUCUUUUAUUAAAUAAAUUAAUGGAAGCUGCCAAUAUAAAAAAAAACAAAAUUUCCAUAUCUGGCUAUAUCUGACUCCGGUCCCAUCGUCUAAAUUCUAAAUCAUGAAGAAUUCUAAAUCAUGAUGUUCCUUAAAGAUACGGUAGAACCGAAUACAACAGAAUCAAACUUAAAUGAUACGGAAAAUAUAGUCCUUCCCACCCCCGAAUCAGUAUCUCAAGGACGACCAAGAUCGAAGAAGAAAAAGGAAGACAAUAAUUUGGAAAAAGAAGACCUUGUUUCGGUUUUAAAAGAAAGCAUUAAUUCAAGAACUCAACGUGAAUCAUUUCUCGAAAACGAAGACAGAUUAUUUAUGCUUUCCUUAGUAAAGGAUUUCAAAAAACUACCCGAAUCCGUGAAGCUGACAACUAAGAUGGUAAUAAUUAAUCUAAUCCACCGAGCACAAAAUACAAGAUAUGAUCCAAGCCAUGAACCUAUGACAAGGCACAAACAACCUACUUACCCUCGAAGCAGUUAUACCAGCCAUCAAGAAUAUCAACAGGGAUAUUUUACUAAGAAUUUGGAUAAUGAACCACUUGCCACAAUGAGCUGCCGCCCUUCUCUGUUACGUCCCAGUGAACCGGCGCCGCCUUUGGAUUCACAAAGAGCAGAAAACUCUAUCCAAUCACCCGAAUCAAACUACUCGCAGGCCUCGCAAGAAUCAGAAAUAAUUGAAACUUUAUAUGAUAAUUAUUGAACAACUGCACUUUUGAUUAUAAUAAUUACAGUACUUAAAUACUUUUAUGUACCUACUAGUUUUACUUAUCUACCUGCAUUCUUUCUCAUAAAAUAGACACAGGGGCCGCAAAGAAAUGAUUUAAAUAAAAGUAGAUAGGCAUAGGCCUACCUUAAAGUUACAACAAGUUUUUCCUCGGCAGAAAUGCAGGGACGAAAUUUAGUGACUACGACAUACUAAAGUAUAUAAAGCAAACCAUUGGGUUGCCAAAUUGUUGGUGUUCUCCAUUGUUGGUCCCUACGUUGUAUUGAUUAAAUAUACCCGACACAACGAGAUCAAGCCCCGGAGUUUCAUUUGCUGUGACCCGCGGAACUAAUGGUUCAAAAAUCAACUGACGCCUUUUGUUCGAGUUGACCUGCCUUAAUUACGGAUUAAGGAACGCAGCCCAGGACUUCCAAAGAUUAGUAAACAACACACUAAAAAUCUAGACUUUGCAUUCGCCUACCUAGACGACAUCAUUUGCUCAAAGAAACUCAUCUAAAACACAUCAGACCUGUUUUAGAGCGGUUAAACAAUUGCGGGCUUACUAUUAGCACAAGUGAAUGCGAGUUUGGAAAAUCAGAAUUAAAUUUUCUUGGCUAUCAUAUAAGUACAAACGGCAUUAAGCCGAGCCAAGAUAAGUCCGAAAUUUUAAAUUACCCUCAACCAAAUACUAUAGAGGAAUUAAGACGCUUUCUAGGUUAUACGCCUAUAUAUUAUUAUCUAAGGCUGUGUCCCCAGUAAGCAAACUGUCAGCGGCCAACUGAGUUAGCGGCGUAUCGGUUUAGUACGCCCUUCCAUAUAUUUCAAAUGGCGUGUUCACAGUUUGCUAGUUUUGCGCUCACUGUACGCAGUUUGCAGCGUUACGCGCGCCGACUAUCUUAGUGAGCGGCCGACUCCCACCAAAACCGGUUCCAGUCGGCGGCGGCGAUUGGUUGUUCGCCGGGCGUAGUGACUCAGUUUGCCGCAAACUGAUUAUUCGGAUAGUUGGAAAAAAGCUAUCAUCGUGUUAGGACGUGUUUUUUUGCAUCGCACCUAACUAAUCUCAACGCACACACACAUCACUGAAAAUCCAAGAUGUCCUUUGAUACGGAAAGGUUCAUUAGUGAAAUACAGAAUAGACCAUGCAUAUGGAACAUGUCGAGUGAAGAAUACAGCAACAGAGUAUUAAAGCAGAGCAAUUGGAAUGAAGUCGCUGAAAUUAUAUACGAUGAUUGGCAAAACUUAGAAGAAAACACUAAACAAAAAAGAAUAAAAGACCUACAAAAAAAAUGGAAGGGUUUGCGCGACUAUCACACCAGAGAAAAAAAUAAGGAUUCCUCAGUCAAAAGCGGAAGUGGCGCAACAAAAAAACGCAAGACACCAUACUUGGACAUGUUACAGUUUUUAAAUGUUUCUAGAGCUAGCAACCAGACAUCUGGCAAUAUUAGCGCCGAGACGUCUAGCGACAGUAGCGCUAUUUUAGAUGAAAAUGAUCACUGUGUUUCAAGAAGACCAAAAAAGAUGACUGUGUUUCAAGAAGCCCUAAUUAACUCGAUGGAAAAAAAAAGAGAAAACGAUCCAGAUAUGAACUUUCUACUAAAUAUUUUACCGGAAAUGAAGACAAUGUCCCCAACACAGAAUUUUGAAUUUCGGUUCGAAGUGAUGAAAAUUAUUAAAAAUAUAAAAUAUAGUGUACAUAAUAAUUAUGACGGUGGUAUGAUGCUAACUGGAUGGACGAAUGCCUACCAGUACCCACAUCAGUAUGGCUAUGCGAGUGGAAGCAGCAGUACACCAAAUGUGCAAAACUACCCUCGAAACAGUCCAUCACAUAGCUCUACAGGUUCUUCAGCGGAAAUAGAAGACAUAGAAGCAAUAUUGCGAGGCGAUUCAAACCACACUGAAGAUGAGGAAUGACAGGUUACCAACUUAAUGUUACCAUAUAUGUUCUUAAUUCAAUUUAAAUAAUACAGUAACUUUGAAAAGUGAUUGUUAAAUUAAAAACUAUAAAUGCGAAAGUGACUUUGUAUUACAAUAAAAAUAACAUAUUUUUUUAAAA